AAAUAAAUUCUUUUAAAGAAACGCCUAUUGUUCCCUCUGGACAGCCUGUGUUCGAUAAUACUUACAUCCAUAACGUACAAUUACCUUUUACCCAAACCCCCACUUUCCGUCUCGAGUCAUCUACUAAGGACAUAAGUGUCAUUUCACCUCUCAAAAGAGUCAUCCACCUCAACAAACGACCUCACCGGACCCGAACAUUUCCCUUUUUCCCCCUUUUCUCCUGAAAGAAGAACCAGAUCGAAACAUUUCAAAACUUUCUUUUUGCCUUUUUCUGCUUUCGAAAUAAAAACCCUAACUUCUCAAAUCUAAUUUUUCUCAAUCGAGAGUUUUUGAUAAGACACAAUGGGCGAUUUUAAUCUCGCUCUAGUGAUUGUGGCUAUAGUUGUAUGCAUUGUGGUUUUGUUAUUCAAUGUUUACCUUCUCGUCAAUUAUCAACAUCCAGAUGACAAAAACCAAGCCUAUUUUCCUAAAUUCGUCGUCGUUUUAGGCCUCUCCGUAGCCCUCAUUUCUAUAUUAAUGUUACCGGCGGAUGUAGCAAACCGGCAAGCUUGUCGCCACGCGAUUUAUAAUGGUGCCUGUAAUCUCACUCUCCCGAUGAAAGAUCUAUGGAUCGCUGUCUAUAUCAUCGACGCCGUGCUCGUCUUCUUUAUAAUUCCCUUCGCCAUGUUUUACUAUGAAGGCGACCAGGACAAGAGUGUUGGUCAAAGGAUAAAAAGCGCGUUAGUGUGGGUGAUAACAACGGCUAUUGUAUGCGGUCUCGUGCUUGGCAUUUUAUAUGGGCUAGUUGGAAAGGUGGACUUCACUGUCAGGCACCUCUCUUCAACUACGACUAACUUUCCAAGUACUUGGGAGUUCUCUAGUGGCCAACCAUGUAUUGGAAGUGGUGCACGCCAGUGCUCUGCGUACCUUGCCAAUGCUUCUUCAGAGAAAACAUGGAGCAUGCGCACCACAUUUCCAGAAUAUGUUGUUGCUCUGGCUACAAUUGUUGGAUCUGUACUUUUUGCGAUAUUUGGCGGUGUUGGUAUUGCUUGUUUACCAUUGGGACUUAUAUUUUCAUUCAUCCGCCGUCCGAAGGCUGUUAUCACUCGUUCACAGUAUAUUAAGGAAGCAACUGAACUUGGUAAAAAAGCAAGAGAGUUGAAGAAAGCAGCUGAUGCACUUCAUCAGGAAGAAAGAAGUGGUUCGAAGGGCAGAAAAUGGCGUAAAAAUGUGAAGGCAGUAGAGAAGGAAUUGUUUCAAUUGGAAGAAGAUGUAAAGUUGUUGGAAGAGAUGUACCCUCAAGGAGAAAAGGCCGAGACAAGUUGGGCUUUGACUGUUCUCGGGUACUUGGCCAAACUAGUGUUGGGGAUCUUAGGGUUGAUUGUUUCAGUGGCUUGGGUAGCUCAUAUCGUCAUAUAUCUGUUGAUUAGCCCACCUCUUUCUCCAUUUUUGAAUGAGGUUUUCAUCAAGUUGGAUGACGUUUGGGGUCUUCUGGGUACAGUGGCGUUUGCAUUCUUCUGCUUCUAUCUUCUGCUUGCAGUGAUAGCUGGGGCAAUGAUGUUGGGACUGAGAUUAGUUUUCAUCACAAUUCAUCCCAUGAAGUGGGGAGGCACUCUGAUGAACUCCUUUCUUUUCAAUGUUGGACUUAUUCUUCUAUGCUCCAUUAGUGUGAUUCAGUUUUGCUCUACAGCAUUUGGCUACUAUGCUCAAGCAACUGCUGCACAGGAAAUUUUUGGCCACACAUUGCAGUCUCUACGAGGAAUUAAGUAUUUAUACAAGUAUAAUGUUUUUCAAUAUGCAUUUAUUGUUCUGGCGGUUGUGACCUUGCUGUUAUAUGCUGCCUUUGGAUGGAGAAGAAAAAAGCCAACUGGCAGAUUCCAGCUUUCCUCCUAAGGCAUGCUUUUAAAUAAAAGUUGGAGCCCUUAGGAGUUUGCAGGUGUAUGAUCUCUUGGGGAGUGUUGUUUCAUAUUUGGAUGGAUGUCUAUGGCCUAGUUUUGCUUUUGUCAGAAGUUUUAGAGGUAGGCCUGCAUCAUCUUCGUAAAUUGGGUGGCUGUGGUGGGAGUGCAGGGUGAGUGCUCCUGCUGUUUCUGCUUGUUAUCCCCUUUUGUAUGUAUUAUUCUUUGUUUGGUUAAUGUUAUUCACUGGCUUGGGCAUGUACGAGUAAUCUUCAGCGCACCCGGGAAAUGCGUUUGUAUAACUUCUUUUGAUGUAAUAUAACCAUUGGGAGCAAACAGAUCUUACAGGUUAUUCCA